UUUCAACAAGUUUCAGCCAAAAUUUCUAAAGUUAGCAGUGACAGAUCGUCAUGACUUAGAUUGUUGUUAUCUUUUUAUUUCUGAAAUAUUUGAAUGUCUCGUUCGUUAUUAUUUGCGUGACAAUGUACACCAUAUUUUGUUUUGAUUUGAAGCGGAGUUAAAUAUAUGUUCUUAUAUAAACUUUGUCGUUGAAAGCAUGAACUGCAAAGAAUAAAAGUUGACUAAUAGCAAUGUGGUAAUGAAGAUAGAAAGCCACAAGUUCGUUCUACCAUUAUAUUUUUAUCUGAUUGAGUGUGUAAAGAAAAAUGAGUAAAGUAGAUAUUAAAAUUGUUCUCCUGGGAAGGGAAUUUUCUGGUAAAACUAGUCUUGUGGAGCGGUUUGUAUAUAACCAGUUUGCAGGUGAAAAUUUGUAUCAGAAUACCAUAGGAGCUGCUUUUGGUGCUAAGAAAAUAGAAAUUAAUGGCCAAGUUCUAACUGUAGGCUUAUGGGAUACAGCUGGAAGUGAAAGAUAUGAGUCAAUUGGCAAGAUAUAUUACCGAAAUUCAAAUGCUGCUAUUGUUUGCUUUGAUUUAACUGAUGUUAUCAGUUUUGAAAGAGCUAAAUUUUGGGUUUCUGAGUUGCUUAAAUCGGAAGAGAAAUGCCGUUUAUAUUUAUGUGGAACCAAGAAAGAUUUAAUUAAUAAAAAUAGGAAAAGAGCUGUAGAUUACUACAAUGUAACUGAUUAUGCUGAUGAAGUGAAUGCUGAGGUAUUUGAAACAUCUAGCAAAACUGGCGAAGGAGUUGAAGAACUUUUUCUUAAAAUUGGGGAAAAUUUUCUUAAAGAGAAAGUUGUGGAUACUAAUGAAAGUAGGAAUGGCUUUGGCGUAUUUAGUAUGGAAGUAGAGAAGAAAAAGGAAUGUUGUUUCUAAUUGUUAAAUAUGUAUUGUUUUAACAGUUUGUAGCAUAUAUGAUAAGAAUGUAUUUGUGAAUGUAAAAUUAUUUAAAUAUUUUUUUGUUUUUUGAAACCAUUCUAUGAUGUAAAUUUUUUCUACAAAAAAAAUUAACAUGGCUUUGCUGACAGCUGUUUAGUUGAUACAAAAUAAAGCAUUUUUAGUAUUUAUGAUAUAUUUGAUAUAAUGAAGCAAUUAAUUCAUAAAAUAUAAAAUUUUCAUGAAUUAGUGGUAUAAAUAUAAGCAACACUAUUUUAUUUGCGACAGCUUGUUAACUGAAGUAAAAAAAAAAAGAAAAAAAGUUAAAAUGAAAGGUUGGAAGAUAUUUAUCUGAGAUUUUGAAAUUUUAGAUUUAUGGUAUCGAUUAAAAUAUGUAGAUUCGACAUAUAUUUUAGAAUAAACUGGUUUUUGUAGAGAGUUUCUUAUUGAUAACUUUUGUUUCUUUCGUUGUCUUUGUAAGUUUUAUUUCUGUAUAUGUAUCGUUCAUGUUUAAAUUAAUAUGUAUGUUUUAUUUAGUAUUUAAUAAUAUGGUAUGACAGAAAAAUAGCAUUUGUAUUUUAUUCGACUAUUUCACUUGCAUUUUUGCAAUUUUUAUUUGAUUAUUUCUCGUAGUGCUUUCUGUGUCUUAACUUGUCAUUUUUUAUUAAUUCAGUUUUAUUUCUGUCAUAUCAUAAUUAUAAUUACUGAUUUUAUUCAUCUUUUGCUUGUAUUUCAUUCCAAGUUUACUUAAAUUUAUGUAUUUUGCUAAUGCAGCCAUUUAGUGAAACAUUUAAUUCUACAGAGUGCUAAUGAUAUACAAAUUGUUAGAGAAAUAAAAUAAUUUACAAGUGCCUUUAAAUAUCAUUGUAUAGCACUUAGAUCACAACUGGGAAAUUUUUUGUGUGCAUCUUUUUUAUUGUGUGGCCGUGACAGAAUUCAAAUUUGUAUGUUCAUUUAUUGAAUAAUUGCUCUAUUUAAACUAUAUUUUGAAUAAUUUCUUUAGAUAAUGAAACAAAUAUUUUUUUUGAUAUCUUAAAUAAAGUUGAACUAACAUUU